UGGAGGGAGAAGCAAACAAGAAAACUGGCUUGCUACCCGAUACUAAGAGAGGAGGAAGUGGGAGAUGCGCUGCUUCCUGUAGAAAUGAUGAUUGAAGACAAAGCUGGGUGGGGACUCAGGCUUGGGCUUCUGGGACUGCUACACAGACAGACACUCGACGCCUCUCGUCAGAUCUGCCAGGGAGCCUCAGGCCUUGAACAUUGAUCAGAGUGUUUGAAGACCUCAUCCAACUCUCCAAUGGCCAGCAACAACACCGCCAGCAUAGCACAAGCCAGGAAGCUGGUAGAGCAGCUGAAGAUGGAAGCCAACAUCGACAGGAUAAAGGUGUCCAAGGCAGCUGCAGACUUGAUGGCCUACUGUGAGGCACACGCCAAGGAAGAUCCCCUGCUGACCCCAGUCCCGGCCUCAGAAAACCCCUUCCGGGAGAAGAAGUUCUUCUGCGCCAUCCUUUAAGUCUCAGAGGGGGCUGAAGAGCGUCGGGGCUCCCGGGACAUAAAUGUAGAGUUCCUAGCAAAGUGGGCGCCUUUCUCGUCCACAGCAUUUAAAGAGAGGAAGGAGAACCAUCCUGGACACUCCGGGCUGUGCAUGUUUAAAGAACUGUCCCCUUAUGAGAAUGAAAGCUGAUUCCAUGUCCCAACUUUAGAGAUCUGACCCUGCAGACCGGCCUGGAGGAGGGGAAUGUAUAAAAAACAAGAUUGGUGUCACUUCUUUUCUGCUGUCCCUCUAAGACCUUACAUAUCUGCUUCAUAUUUAUAAACAAAAUAAACAUUAAAGCCGGUGUCCUGAGCUAAGAUAUGGCUGA